UUCUCUCCUACUACCGGAAGACGUCCGCUUUUUUGAUUGGCUGUGCAAGACGUCCGUUAGGACGUUGUUGCCUUUCCCGUGUGCACCGUGAGCGUGGGCGUCCCCGUAGGGGGUGUGCGCAGGGGUUCCCAGACCCGGCACCAACGCCCCAGCCCCUUCCAUCAGGGGUUGGGCUUAGGGUCGCCCCUGGUGGGCGGCUCUCGAAUCUUGGGGAAGAGCUUGAGAACCCGGAUCCCCCCAGGGCUGCGGAGGUCCUUUGGGGAGGCAGGAAGAUGGCGGCAGCAUCGGUCUCUGCGACUUCUGGUUCUCAGUUCUCGAAGAGCUUAGCCGAACCUUCAAGGGCUAAUGGAAAUGUGGCUCGCCAUUCCUCAUCUCCAUAUGUAGUAUAUCCACCUGAUAAGCCUUUCCUUAAUAGUGAUCUACGACGCUCUCCAAAUAAGCCUACGUUUGCCUAUCCGGAAAGUAACAGCAGAGCCAUAUUUUCUGCUCUGAAGAAUCUUCAAGAUAAGAUUCGACGCUUAGAACUUGAAAGGAUUCAGGCAGAAGAAAGUGUGAAAACCUUAUCUAGAGAAACAAUUGAAUAUAAGAAAGUAUUGGAUGAACAGAUUCAAGAAAGAGAGAAUUCAAAGAAUGAAGAGUCAAAGCAUAAUCAAGAAUUGACAUCUCAGUUAUUAGCUGCAGAAAAUAAAUGUAAUCUUUUAGAAAAACAGUUGGAAUACAUGCGCAAUAUGAUAAAGCAUGCAGAAAUGGAAAGGACAUCUGUCUUAGAAAAACAGGUUUCCCUCGAAAGAGAACGACAACAUGAUCAAACACAUGUGCAGAGCCAGCUUGAAAAGUUAGAUCUUCUUGAACAGGAGUAUAACAAACUUACCACAAUGCAGGCCCUGGCAGAAAAAAAAAUGCAAGAGUUGGAAGCAAAACUCCGCGAAGAAGAACAGGAACGGAAACGUAUGCAAGCUAAGGCAGCCCAGUUGCAGACUGGUCUAGAAACAAAUAGAAUUAUCUUUGAAAAUAAGGCAGCUCCAUGUGUUCCCAGUGCAAGAAGAGUUAAAAAAAAGAAGUCAAAACCACCAGAAAAGAAAGGUUCUAGGAACUAUUUUACUGCACAACCACAUUAUAGAUUAUGCUUGGGGGAUAUGCCUUUUGUAGCUGGAAAGUCCACCAGUCCUAGCCAUGCUGUGGUAGCCAAUGUUCAGCAUGUCUUGCAUCUGAUGAAGCAGCAUACUAAAGCCUUGUGCAAUGAUCGAGUGGUCAACAGUGUUCCUUUGGCAAAGCAAGUUUCUUCACGAAAUGGUAAAAGUAAGAAGGUGUCAGUAACGCCUCCCUCCUCCAGCAGCAUUAAUGAAGAGUUGUCAGAAGUCUUACAGACUUUACAAGAUGAAUUUGGGCAAAUGAGCUUUGAUCACCAGCAGCUUGCGAAACUUAUCCAAGAAUCCCCAACUGUGGAACUGAAAGACAACUUAGAGUGUGAGCUGGAGGCGUUAGUGGGAAGGAUGGAGGCCAAAGCUAACCAAAUAACUAAAGUUCGAAAAUACCAAGCCCAGCUGGAGAAACACAAGAUAGAGAAGCAGAAGAGGGACUUGAGGACCCCCAGAAAGACUCUUGAUGAAGAAGGAAACAGCAGCGGUCGUUCUUCUGGAAUCACAGGGACCACAAAUAAGAAGGACGUUGCCAAACCGAGACCUGGCGAAAAAAGCAGGAAAAAUCUUCAGUUGUUGAAGGACAUGCAAACCAUACAGAGUUCGUUACAAAGCAAUAGUUUGUGUUGGGAUUACUGACUGGUACCAGGUCAUAAAUUCUAUUCAGAUAAUCUGUACCUCAGAAAUCAGAUUUUGGCAAUUUACCCUCCAGGUCUCAUACUCUUAUGUUGAAUUAAUGAAUAGCAGGUGUUAAGGGGCCCAAGCUUCAUUACACAGGCGUCCUGUGUUACGUAUCAUGACUAAAUGUUAAACCACCUAAAUGGAAACCAGGGGAGUUUUAAAGGCUAGGAAGCCACACACUCUGCAUCUUUGUUUGAGAUGAAUUUGCUGUACUGAAAUACUGCACUUUGUAAACCGAUUACCAAUUUUUUA